CUUCCUGGAUACGUUACACGUAGAGACAGGAUUGUGUUCAGACUUUCAUAGUAGAAGUGUACUUUUAAACGACGGCUUUUCUGACUUGUUUUAUGUGUGCAUACAUGUUAUUCACCCGUAUUCGCACACAGGCAUGUUUAGUGGGAGUAUAAUGAAGCCACAGUGGCGCGUGUUGCUUGUUUAGCCUCAUAGCUAAGCUAAGCUACCUAGCCAACAUUAGGACUAGCGAACACGGACGCGUUUUUGUUUAUGUUUACUUUUUUUCAAGAUGUACACUUUAUUAUCUGGAUUAUAUAAGUACAUGUUCCAGAAGGAUGAAUACUGCGUUUUGAUCCUGGGACUGGAUAACGCCGGAAAAACGACUUUCCUGGAACAGACCAAAACAAAGUUUAGUAAGAAUUACAAGGGGAUGACUUUAUCCAAGAUCACAACUACAGUUGGCUUGAACAUUGGCACAAUUGAUGUUGGCAAGGCUCGUCUAAUGUUCUGGGAUUUGGGAGGUCAGGAGGAGCUGCAGUCUCUGUGGGACAAAUACUACGCUGAAUCCCAUGGAGUCAUCUAUGUGAUAGAUUCAACUGAUGAAGAGCGUCUGUCAGAAUCAAAGGAGGCCUUUGAGAAAAUGAUCAGCAGUGAGGCACUGGAAGGCGUUCCACUCCUCGUGCUGGCUAAUAAGCAAGAUGUACCGAACUGUUUGUCAGUGCCCGACAUUAAAACAACCUUCAGUGAUUGUGCUCCAAAGAUUGGCAAGAGAGACUGUUUAGUCCAGCCUUGCACUGCUCUCACAGGGGACGGCGUGAACGAAGGCAUUGAGUGGAUGGUGAAGUGUGUGGUCAGAAACAUUCACCGGCCACCGAGACAGAAGGACAUCACAUAAGAUGUUUGUCAUCUCUCCACUGUGAUUUUGGACGAGUUUCUCCUUGAGGACAUUCCAUGUGUUAAGCCCUGGAGCUGAUAACUCUCACCUUGUGUUUCCUGUGACUCUUUGGAUUUCUGCUUUUUGGACUUCAUUAUAGUAUUUUUAUCAACAAACAUAGAUUCAGAUGUACUGUGAGCAGACGUCUGCCUGUUUGUGCCUACACUUUUUGAAGGUGUGUCGUUUACUUUUACUGGGAUCAGUGCUGCAGCAUCUAUAUGGAGCACUUUGAGUGCACAGAAACACUGACACAUUAAAUAUACAAAGCAUUGAUGGGCACUUAUCUAUUUUUUCACACUAUCAGAUUCAAUAAACAAUGAUCCAUGGUUUUUUGAUGAACUUAAUGAUACUGCAGUAUUCCAUCAUUAGAACCUUUAACAUAUAAACAGUUUACAUUUAGCUAGGCUGGUCUCUCUUUUUUGUCAUUAGGCAUAAGACAGGAAUUAUUAGUUAUUGAUCCGUGCUGUCCUUACACAAUUUUCAACAUUUGAAAACAGUGACUGUAAAGUUAGUUAGCAUCCACUUCUGACAUUGGGAAGUUGCUUUUUAUGAACAAUUCCUAAUCCUCAGCUGGUUAUGUGCCUGUGUCACAGUUAAAAACAGAGCUGUACUAUACUAGUAUUGCCCAGUUGGUUCCCACAGGUAAACUUUAUUUUUUACAUCAGUCUGACAGAGCAAUCGGUUUACUAGUGGACAGUGCACUCACUGUUAUUUUCAGGGUUCAGCUGCUGGCAACCAGCCACCAAGACCCUUUUCUCUCUGCCCCCUGGCCCACUUAUCCGAUUGCUGUUAUGGCACUUCUGUCAGUCAGCUGCUUGUCCAGUAAGUUUCUCAUCUCAUAUUUGGAUGUACUCGAUUAUCUCAGACUGCAUGUGGAGGCGGUAGUCCUCCUUUUGUUCUCAUCUGCAAGUUGGAUGGUCAUCCCAGCCAGAAUGUGCAGCAGGUGGAGAACGAGUUAGUGCGCUGUUAGACUGCAGAUCUUACAGGAGUCCUUUUCGCUUUUACAGUAACAAGUCAGAAAACAUUUUUUCUCUUGGCACAAUCCAUUCAUGAUUUGCUAGCGGUACAGUGCACUUGAAAAUGCAUCUGCAGCACAUUUACACAACUGUUUGUGUACAGUUUGAUCCAUUUUUAUCUGUGCUGUCACCAUCGUGAACUGUUAAUUGUUGCCCUGACUUUUGCCAGAGAGCUUUAUCCAGAAGUGAAAUUGGGGGGGCAUUGAAAUUGAAACAGUUGAAAUUGAACCACAGGAUGAGAGACUAAGGUUACAGCUAAUGAUACUUCAGCGUUAUUUGUCGCAACUAACUUGACCAAUGGAGAUAAUAGUUAAUAAUGAGUCAAAUAAGUGCACAAGCCAAUCCUACCACAAAUAUGAAUCCUUUGCAAACACUAUUGCUCUUCCAGUACAAAUGUGUAUCAGUGUAUUCAGUUUGAUAAAGAGAAUUACAUGAAUCAAACUAAGGCCUUCACAGUUACCACAUCACAGCCCAAUUGUCAAAUGACGGGCGAGUUUGGACAGACAAUUCUUUGGGAAUAAUGUUGUUCCUGCUGAAAGACUUUCAAAGACUUCGAGAAGCUGACCACAUACUUCUCUGUGCUGUUUGUUCUUCUGGUCCCUGCUUGAUGUGUUGAUUUCAUACCAUAACUAUCAUUUAUUUAAGUUAGACAAACAUGUUCAAAUUGUUCAGGUGCCACUUUAACUGUGAUCAUGGGAUUUUUAAAUCUUUGCAUGCAAUAUUUUUUCAUCACUAUGCAUUUAGAUUGCCAUUACUAUAAAAAGAAGAAUUCUUGAUGAAUAAAUGGGGACAAAGAACUUUUGAUUUUUCCAGUCUGUAAAUUUAAAAUCCCAGUAUUGCGUGCAUAAAAUUCAUUUGGUCUAACUCUUGAAAGAAGAAAAAAUACUUUUCUAAUAGUUUCUUAUACAUGGAUGUGGUUUAGCUCUAGCACCAAAAGGAUCAAACAUCAAUUUGCAGGAAUACUAUAAAUGAUUCAAUAAAUCGAUAUGAAAUUUAUAAAGUCUGUAUACAGGACACAGAAGUCUUACUAAUCUCUGCUGAAUCAAUGUCAAAGCAGAUAUUUGUCAUUCACUUUUUCUGCCAGUCGCUUAUACUUUAUGAUAGAUGAUUCUACUAAAUUUCUCAUUUUAAUAAAAUAUAAUGUGUCAUUUGGGAUAGUUUAACAUUCAGCUUCCUAUCAGUCCUCAUACUGACCUUCACAGCUGUGAAGGUAAAUCUGUUUGUCACUAGCUCAAGAACCACAGCUAUUCCUGUCAUAAUUGUUGAUUCUCAUUGCUGAUGAUCGCAAGGUUCAACACCAUCAGAAUCAAUAUCAUCUAUCUCAAUAUCACCUUUCUUUGCUUUUUGUUUUACAGGGUUUUUACAUUACAGCUUAAAAAAAAUCAAAAAUACUUCUAUCAACCCGAUUCUUUUAGUCCUCAGGCUGGACAGAGAAGACGCUGACUCAGUGUAUUCAAAAUAUAUUCAAUCACUUUAUUCAGUAAAACCUUCCGGAAAGGAGAUGUGCACAGCGCGAAGCCUCCUGCAAAUCUAAAGCUUUACCGACAAGAUGUGUGAUAUAAUCUACACCCCCACUCCUGUCUGGCUUUCAUGACCCGAAGGUCGUCUCCUGUUGUUAUCAUCUAGCAGCAGAAAUAUGAGCUACAUUCUCUGAAAAGUCUGCACUAAAGACCCUGUUCAUCACAGUCUCAUGUCGCCAAGCAUUCGAAUAGAAUAGAAUUCAACUUCAUUGUCAUUGUGUUAGUAGACCUCUCUGCAUUGAAUCAUACCUGUUAUUAAUCUCUGUCUCUCUUCCACAGCAUGUCUAUAUCCUGUUUUCCUUCUCUCACCCCAACCAAUCACAGCAGAUGGCCCCGCCCCUCCCUGAGCCUGGUUCUGCCGGAGGUUUCUUCCUGUUAAAAGGGAGUUUUUUCUUCCCACUGUCACCAAAGUGCUUGCUCAUGGGGGCUCAUAUGAUUGUUGUGUUUUUCUCUGUAUCUAUUAUUGUACGAUCUGCUGUACAAUAUAAAGCGCCUCGAGGCGACUGUUGUUGUGA